UUGUUUACUUUCCUACGAUUGUACGCACACACUCGCACCGACCGUAGGCAAAGGAAAACAAAAACAAAAUUCAUUUAUUUUUUUUCCACCAAACACGAGCGAACGCUGAAGAAACACAAAGAAAAGUCAAGACGCGCGAUGUCGCUAUUAUCGCAUCAGGUUCACAUUUUCCCCUGUGUCCUUUCGUGUUUUGUGCAUUUAAUGGGCUAACCCGACGGGAGGGGUAGAAGAUAAAGUGCGCGCGGCAUUGUGGUGUGACUGAUGGGGAAAAUGCAUCCGCGUAAUCAUUGUGCAAGUUGCAUUUGUGUACCAUCUUUCUAGCGCAAACAGGGAACAGGGUACGCGGUAAUAUGAUGCGGAGUGGUGCAAGAAAAUAGAAUCCCUUGGGCGAUACCGUACUGGCGAUUCGUUCGAUCUGCAAACGAAGGCACUGUCACGGUAGAGACGAACGCUAAGAAAGCGCACGAAGCGCACGGUACAGUGAUCAUUCUGGUUCCGUCUUCGGCAGCGGCAAGGCAUACUUUAACCAGUAGCUAUAGUGACGCUGAGCGAAGUGAACCGGACGUAGGGGAUAAUACGUUCGCGUCAGUUUAGUAGACAUCUGCAACAGAUUCGCCCGCGGCCACGGGGUAGUGGUGUAACGACAAGUGACUAGUGUUAUGCAGUUGUAGUACUGGAGAUGAAAACAAAUGCAAGGAAGUGGUGAUUGGUAAUUUGCAUAAAACGAGUCAACACGGUGUAAGAGUGUUAAUUUUCAUACAGCCGUACAAUCAGUUCCUACCAUAAUCAAAGCAAGCGUGUGUCUUUUUCCCGCGGAGGAACAAGGAACAAGUACAGUACAAAUUCAGUAGCAAAUUAGAACUAGGUACCUACUAGCAUCGAAGAUCCUGUUCUACUACCUCUAACCGUCGCAUAGCAACGCAAGAUGAGCAACGAAAUAUCCUGCAAGGGAAGCCCCACAUCCAGCGCGAGUGUCCGCGCCAGUCUCGUGACGGACGAGAGCCACUUCAGUCUGGCCAGCCUAAACUCGUCCGUCAGCCAGGAUGAGUUUUUCCGGUGUCGCGAUCACUCCGAUCUGGUGCUGAAACGAAUGCAAGACUACCUCCAGAGUGAGAAGCUUUGUGAUGUGGUGCUGAUCGCUGGUGUCGACGGUCGACGAAUACCAGCCCAUCGACUGGUGCUUUCCGCUUCGUCCGCUUACUUCAGCGCAAUGUUCACCGGACAGUUGCGCGAAAGUCAGCAGGAAGAAAUCACCCUGCAGGAAGUGUCCGGAGACGCACUGAACUCGCUCAUCCAAUACUGCUACACCGGUGCGAUCGAGAUCCGCGAGGACACGGUCGAAACGUUGCUGGCCACGGCGUGCCUUUUGCAGCUCAGUACGAUUGUUGGCGCGUGCUGCAACUUUCUCGCUCGUCAAUUACAUCCGUCCAACUGUUUGGGAUUUUCGCUCUUUGCCGAACAGCAGGGCUGUACCGCACUGCUCAAGUUGGCCACCGCCUACACCUGUCAGCACUUCCAGCAGGUAUGGAAGAACCAGGAAUUCUUCAUGCUUGACGCUGCCCAGCUCGCCAACUUGCUGCGCAGCGAUGAUCUAAACGUGCCGAACGAACAGGAGGUGUUUCAUGCGCUGAUGGCAUGGAUUCAGUACGAUGCCGAGGGCCGCAAGCGUCACAUCCCGGAGCUGUUGGCAUUGAUAAAGCUGCCACUGCUACAACCUUCGUUUAUAGUGGAUCACGUGGAAGCGCUCUGUGGUGGAGCGAACGAGUGCCAACAGCUCGUGAUGGAAGCGUUCAAGUGGCAUCUCAUUCCGGGGCGCCGAUCUCUAAUCGCCACAUCUCGCACCCGGCCACGAAAGUCAACCAUGGGCCGGUUGCUAGCGGUCGGUGGCAUGGAUGGCCAUAAGGGUGCGAUCAGUAUCGAGAGUUACGAUCCUCGGUUGGAUAAGUGGACGCUGCUGAAGAAUAUGCCCACGCGCCGUCUACAGUUCGGGGUGGCCGUUCUGGACGAUAAGCUGAUCAUUGUUGGUGGUCGCGAUGGUUUGAAGACGUUAAACACGGUCGACAGUUUCGAUCUGAACACGAUGUGUUGGAGUACGCUGGUGCCUCCGAUGGGUACGCCUAGGCAUGGGCUCGGAGUGGCCUUCCUGGAGGGUCCACUGUAUGCGGUCGGUGGCCAUGAUGGAUGGAGCUAUUUGAAUACGGUGGAACGAUGGGAUCCUUCCGCACGCACCUGGAGCUACGUUGCACCAAUGUCCGCCAUGCGAUCGACAGCUGGUGUGGCUGUCCUGGGUGGACGGUUGUACGUCAUCGGUGGUCGUGAUGGUAGCGUGUGCCACCGGACAGUCGAAUGUUACGAUCCGCACACCAACAAGUGGACAUUGCGGUCACCAAUGAACCAACGGCGUGGUUGUGUGGGUGUUGGCGUUCUGAACGGAUUCUUGUACGCGCUUGGUGGCCAUGAUUGUCCGCCAAGCAAUCCGGCCGUAUGCCGUACGGACACUGUAGAACGUUACGAUCCGACAACCGAUACGUGGACUCUGAUUGCAUCGCUUAGCGUUGGCAGGGACGCGAUCGGUGUGAGUGUGCUGGGCGAUUUUCUGGUUGCUCUCGGCGGGUACGAUGGCAUCCAGUAUCUGAAGAUCGUCGAGCAGUACGAUGCGGAAACGAACGAGUGGACAUCGAUCGCACCGGUCAACUAUAGCCGGGCCGGUGCAUGUGUCGUUGCGAUUCCCAACAGCUUCUCCAAUCCGGCAUCAACAACCGGUGGUGUAGCGCUUCCGUCGACUAGCGCCAAUCCUUCCUCACCGAACAAUGCCAUCGCUUCGUCCUCCUCAUCUUCCGCAGUGAAUGUUCCGGUGGCCAACAAUAGCACCACGGGAUGGCGCGGAAGUACCAGUGCCAGCAAUUAUUAUUAUCGCAGACAUUUCCGCAUUUGUGAUUACUACGUGUAGGAAAGAUGAAUUGAACGUUGGGCAAAUAGGCAAACCCUUAGGCAAAAUCGAAUGUUUAGAAAAAGAUUUCAAAUGUAUUGAAGGUGAACGAUGUGAUUAGUAGGAAAUAUGCUGGAGAAUGGAUUUGAUAGCAUGCCGACAACGAUGUAGUAACAGCAAACCGGAUGCUAACAAAGAAUACGAAGGAGAAUCAAAUGUUCAUUUUCAUCGCAACGUUGGACGAACUGUGAUUUUAGUUUUGAUGGAUGGAAAGUAUUGCAGAACGGGAUUUAGAAAAAAAAAACACAAAAGUGUAGGGAUGAUACUGCCCCCUACACAUACAUACGAACCUGAAGAAGCCUUUAGCACAGACCUGUUUUGCCGUUGCGAUCAGGAUGCGAUUAUGGAUGCCAAAGAAUGACGACGUGAUUCGAUUAGCUGAACCUGCCCACUGUGUGAGAUUAAGUUUUUUGCGUACUACUACUAUUACUACUACUGAAACUACUGAUACUACACAUUGCUUCCACCAUUCGACAUCGUUGAACAACACCAACAGCAGCCAGCGGAUGAUUCCUGUUCAACAAUACAACAACAAACUGCGCGGCUGGUCUGGUUUAGUUGGUGUGGGAAGUUUUUGUUUUUUCAAUAUCGUAGGAAGGAUGUAACUUUUUGAAAACGAUUUUUUUUCUUUGCUCUGUAACGAAAUCAAAAACAAGCAGUUAGUGUGUUAAACAUAAGUAACAGAUGGAACUAUAAUUAAACAGACACUUUCACAGUGUAUAUAAUUUUGUGACAAAAAUAAAUGCUUUUUCAAUGCAUACAAGAAA